AUGGGUUGUGGGGAAUCAAAGCAAGCUGUUGCCACAGAGAACACUCUCACCAAAAGCAAAAGCAAAAACUCAGACAAAAAUGAUCCUCCAAUUGAGAAGCCCGCAAACAACGACAACAAUGUGAAGAAUAAUAACAAUGCAAAUGAAAAUGUGAAGGAAAAUGAAGAGAAAUAUAACAAAUUAUCUGGAGACGAGAUUGCGAAUCUUGCCGAGAAAAAGGUCGAAAAGAAAAAUGAAAAUGUAGUCGAGAAAAAAGGGGACGAGGCCUUUUUAGAGGAAAAUGUCGAAAAAGACGAGGAAUUAGUGAAAGGAGGUGAAAUGGAAAAAGUGGUUGUCCCAAAUGAAUCUCCUAAGAAGGAUGAUAAUGUUGAUCAUCAUGAAGAGACAAUUGAGCCCAAAGUCACCGAGGAUAUUUCAGGAAGAUCAACUAAUGAAAAAGGUUAG